CAUAAAAAAAAGUUAUUAAAAAACAGAGCAAGUAAUACACACAAUAUAAUAUUUUAUCUUAGAAUAUGGGUAUUAUCAUAUUUGUUAUUAUUGUUUGUUAAUCAAUUUAGUUUUGAUUAGAAAUUUGUUCCAAGGCAAGCUUUAUCCCAAACCAUAUUUAAAAUAACAUAAAUGUUUUAUUAGAGCAUGAUUCAUGCGUUAGAUCAGCCUUCUAUCCACCUUUUAAUAUUUGGGCACACGUAACUUGUUAUCUUACAUCUUUCUAGGAGAAAAAUUAGAAUCUUCAUUGAACUAUCAUGACCUAUAACUAACUUUAAGACCAACCAUUAUAUAUGUAUAAAUAAAUAAUCAUUAAAAAAUAAUAUUACCUCUUAAAAUUUGAUGGAUUUCAUAAUUUUACUAGCUUUUAUAUUUUUUUGUUCUUUCAUUCUUGUCAAAUUGUUAUGCAAAUGGCUUAAACUAUCAUUUCACACAUCACGUAAUCUACCCCCGGGGCCACCAAGGUGGCCUAUAGUCGGAAAUCUCCUCCAAUUAAGCCCACUUCCUCACCGCGACUUUGCGCACUUUUGUGAGAAAUAUGGGCCUUUAGUCUAUUUGAAGCUUGGUAAUGUGGAUGCUAUAACCACCAAUGACCCGGAUAUUAUACGUGAAAUUUUAGUCCGACAAGAUGAGGUUUUUGCCUCACGUCCACGAACUUUAGCUGCGGCCCAUUUAGCCUAUAAUAGCGGAGAUGUGGCUUUGGCUCCGAUGGGGCCAAAGUGGAAAAGGAUGAGAAGGAUUUGUAUGGAGCAUUUGCUCACAACUCGUCGACUUGAGCUUUUUGUGAAUCAUCGUGCUGAAGAGGCCCAACACUUGAUCCAAGAUGUAUGGGCACGUUCAAAAGCAAAUGAGCCCGUUAACUUGAGAGAGGUAUUAGGAGCAUUUUCUAUGAAUAAUGUGACAAGGAUGUUGCUAGGAAAACAAUAUUUUGGAGCAGAAAGUGCGGGCCCACAAGAAGCCCUAGAGUUUAUGCAUAUAACCCAUGAAUUAUUUUGGUUAUUAGGCUUGAUUUACCUAGGUGAUUAUUUAUGGAUUUGGAGAUGGAUUGAUCCAUAUGGAUGUGAGAAGAAAAUGAGGGAAGUGGAGAAAAGGGUAGAUGAUUUUCAUUGCAAAAUACUUAAUGAACAUAGAAAUGCAAAGAAAAGAAGAGAAGAAUUAGGAGUAGAUGAUGGAGAAAUGGAUUUUGUGGAUGUUUUGUUGUCUUUGUCCGGUGAAAAUGGAAAUAAACAUAUGGAUGAGGUGGACAUUAAAGCUUUAAUUCAGGAUAUGAUAGCUGCGGCAACAGAUACAUCAGCAGUGACAAAUGAAUGGGCAAUGGCAGAAGUAAUCAAACAUCCACGUGUCCUUCUCAAAAUCCAACAAGAACUUGAUGUAGUAGUAGGCCCCGAUAGAAUGGUUACAGAAUCAGAUCUUCCUCACCUUAACUACCUACGCUGCGUCGUACGUGAAACUUUCCGUAUGCACCCAGCUGGUCCAUUCUUAAUCCCACAUGAAUCUUUACGUCCUACAACAAUCAACGGUUAUGAUAUUCCACAAGGGACACGUGUCUUCAUCAACACACAUGGGUUAGGACGUAACCCUGCAGUGUGGGACAAUAUAGAUGAUUUUUAUCCAGAAAGACAUUGGCCGUUGGAUGGAAGUAGAGUGGAGAUUAGCCAUGGAUCUGAUUUUAAGAUAUUACCGUUUAGUGCAGGAAAAAGAAGGUGUCCAGGGGCCCCACUUGGGGUGGUGUUUGUGUUGUUGGGAUUGGCUAGACUCUUUCAUGCGUAUGAUUGGUUGCCACCUCAAGGAAUGAAACAUGAUGAGAUUGAUACCAAGGAAGUUUAUGGGAUGACUAUGCCUAAAGCUCAUCCUUUGAUGGCUUUGGCUAAACCUAGGCUUCCUCACCAUUUGUAUCUAUGAUCAAUCUUCUUAUCAUAUGUUAUGUACUAAAAAAAAAGAAAUUGUUUCAUUAUAUAAUCAAUUUUUUUUCAUA